ACAAACAGGCCGCUGCCUAUCAACGCUGAGCUCAACUACUACGCCCCCCUGAAGCACGAGGUCAAAUACGGGCAUCUCAAGGCAGAGAUCGUGUUCAAGUCCUUUGAGCCAAAAAACCUCGAGUUCAUUGCAGACUUUGCGCUCAGAGUCGCUUACUAUUUGGGGCUGCCAGCCACAGGACCGCUUCCGAUGCCUAAAAGGACAGAAAGAUGGACAGUCAUCAAAUCUCCGUUCGCUCACGCCAAGGUGAAAGAGAAUUUUGAAAGACACACGCAUGGACGUGUUGUCAAGAUCUGGGACUCCGACAAUGAGGUCAUUGAUAUCAUGCUAAGCGUGCUCCAGAAGCACUCCAUGUGGGGAGUCGGUAUGAAGUGCAACAUGUACGUCCAGGAGCCUUUGGGAAUGGGCAACACCAUGGCUAAGCUGCCGGACGGUGACAAACAGGUGUCGGACCUUGCUUCGACCCUCGAAACAUUGGAGGGCGAGUCCCAAUCUCCGGUCGCUCAGAGGGUUGCAGAGCUGCUGCAAGACCCUAUUUUCACCCAGCACCUGGACUCCAGA